AUGAAAGUCACUCGUUUUGUUCUCGCUGCUCUAGCAGCACCCAUAGCCCAGGCUGCGCCCGCCCCAUCCUCCAAGCUCGUGGACCGCCAGGCAAGACCUCGGGAACUCAUCAACCCAGACCUCUACCCCGUUCUCCAGCGCUACACCCGGUUCGCCGCCGCCUCCAUGGCGACGUUUAUCUAUGGCCUUGGAACCUGCAAAAGCCCGCCAUUCAAGUCGCGCCUCGUCCGCAAAAUCAGUAACACGGUCACCGACACGCAAGUCGCGAUAUUCCAGGACGACGCAGCCCAAGAACUUAUUGUAUCCUUUCCAGGAUCCGCCUCGAUCCAAGAUUUCGGCACAGACUUCAACUUCUUCUUCAAGCCAUUCGACGACGUCCCCGGGUGUUCAGGGUGCCAAGUGCACGGCGGGGUGCUUAAAGCGUGGCGGUCCGUGAAGGGCGAGUUAGUCGCUGCACUGAGCGAGCUGCGUGAUCAACAGCCCAGCUACUCAACCAUUAUCGUAGGCCACAGUCUAGGCGGCGGCCUGGCCAGCAUGGCAUACACAGAUUUGAAAGCCAACGACGUGCCUGUCGCCGCCGCAUACACCAUGGGCGCGCUGCGCAUCGGCAACCCAGCCUACGCCGCCUUCACCGACCACCUAUCUGGCGCCAGCGACACGCAGCUUGGCGACCUACUGCGCCUGACGCACGGCAUUGAUGGCAUACCCAAUCUGCCCUUCGAACCUCUGGGCUUUCAGCAUACUCUCACGGAAAUCUACGAGCAAGACACCAAACUCAUCACCGGCACACAGUCUCCCGAGACCACCUUCCGCUGCUUUGGCCAGGAGGCCCCGGACUGUAUCCGCAACAAGGCGGUUGGCUUCAUCAAUCAAGAUCAUCUGGUUUACACGGGCGUUCAGAUGACGACGAAUGAGCAGUGUCACAGCACGGAUUGA